AUGCCUGCACAACCCUCGACAUCUUCUUCGGGAAUAAAUUACUGGUAUGGCAGCGGCAGUCUGCCAGACGCCCUCCAAGGUCUUCCCCAAACAGCCUCCAACCCACGCUUGAUGCGCCGUGCCUCAGACGCUGUUGCACAGGCAGCGGGAAUCCAAAUCCAGGACUCGUCUGAAUGGGACGAAGGCCAAGUUCCACUUCAUCUCGACAGCCAGCAAACCAACCUUGUGAUUCGGCCCCCGGCAGCGUCCGCCGCUGCGAACCACAAAGCCCCGCUGGCACCCAAGCAAGGCCUUGGGGGCGCCCUGGCAAACGCUCGAGGCCAGCACCAUUCACCCAUUGCCGGCACAUAUGCAUUGCGGACUCCCCGUGGUAAAAUCACCUCCAUAGCAUGCGAGAGCUGCAGGAAGCGAAAAUCAAAGUGUGAUGGUGUCCGACCAAAAUGCAACACCUGCCAGUCAAAGAACCUCACGUGCGUGUACGAUGUUGCAGAAGACGGCAAGACAACGACCCAGCUGCGCGCCCACGUACGGCGACUGGCCAAGGAGCUCGAGGACAUGAAGUCAAUCGUUUCCCUGCUUGUCAUGACACCAGAUCGUGCGUUGGCAGCAAGCUGGGCAGCAGAGAUUGAGAAGAAUGGAUUUGCCCAUCAUUCCGCCGACGAUGUCAGGAAGGCGCUUUCAGGACCCAUGCCGGGGGAUCCACAUGAGCCGCUCCUAGGAUCAAACCACGAGUCCUUGGCAGGCCCGACACCAGCUCUUCCAGAAGGCGACUCGUUUGGAACGCCUGGUAGCGAGGCCUUUGCUACCGCUCCCCACCACAUGGGCGCCUCGCCGUAUGGCGAGUCUUCUCGGGAAGACAGCCGAGCACAAAGUCAUUCGUCAUUGGUCUUUUCGCAUGACGCAACCCCGGUUGAUGGCACGGUAGCGUUGAACCCAUCCCCGAUGACUCUCGAAGACUCAACAAACGCACUGAGCAAGUUCAGUUUCGACUGCGCAUUUUACCGGAGGACAAAACGCGAUCUCCUUGCAAACGGGUGGAGUGAAGUGCAAAUAUUUGGCCGAUGUGAGAUUGACGUGGAUACUCUGUUGCUUGGCUUCAUGGACCUGCAAGAUGCGCAUCCAGUAUCGACAUGGUGCGCAAGGGCGUGCAACAGAAUACUGCCAACAGCCUCUCUUCCAGUCCGGCUUGCAGCCACUUGGCUCCUUACAAAGUUGAUGCGGUACCUCAUCUGGCCGAGUGCCGAGAACAUGAACGGGAACCCGGAUUGGAUGAUGCCGACAAUGGGAAAGCAGGAAAAUUCACCGUACGAUAUGCUGAUCGACCUUGUUCCAUGGCCUCAUGUACGACAGUUGCUAUACCAGCACCCCCAGGAAUUCUCGGUUAGCCACUUCAUUAGCCAAAUCGGCAUCAAAUGGCCACACGCCGACGACGCAUGCCACUACUGGGACAUUGAGGCUGGAUACUCACGAAUGACUCCUCUUUUCGAAAGCACCAUUACCGAGUUGGCCAACUGGACCGUUGACCCCAAGAUACUCAAAAUCAUGCCACAGCUCGAAGGCAACAUUCCCACCCGACAGUUUUCAUAA